AUGGAUUUGUAAUUGGAAGAACAACAAUUCUUCGCUAAUCACUCACUAUCAAUCUCAAGUAGAUAUACAGAAAGAAAUAAUCCUUUACAUCUUUAUCAUCCUACUCAUUAAAUUGGAAUUAAGCAAAUACCUGACAUUGAAAAUUAGGAAAUCGCAUUUGAAGAAGCCAGUAUCUAGGAGUAGGUCUCACAACACAACCUGUCUAAUCCAAUAACAUCAUCUGAGAAGAAAAGCCAGAUUCAGCACCAACCCAAUGAAGUUAAGGAACCUCAAAUUAGACUACUGUAAGAAAGGAAGAAUUAAUACAUUCCUGAAAUCGAGGAUCAAAAAAACAUUUUGCAUUUAAUUAGAAGGAAAAAAAUAUUGUAAAAAUUUAUAACAAAAACUCGAUCCAAGGCAUACAUUUUCUCAUAAUUAUUAGCAGAUUAAUUUAAGAAAUUAUAAUUCGAAUAAUACAUUCUUCAGAAUAAACAAAAUACUUAAAGUGUAAAUAAUAAUGAAAAGUUGAAAACAAGUAAGCUAAAUUUCAUCCCUUUGUUUUAUUCGCAAUAGCCGUUUCUAAUAUUCUGGGAAUUCUUAAUAUUUAUUCAGACUUUAUAUGUAACUUGGUGGGGACCAUUUACUGUAGUGUUCGAGAACAAUGUUCACAUCAAUACAAUAUAUUAAAAUAUAGUAAUAUAUUUUGGAAUAUUUGAUAUCUUAAUGACGAUGAAUAAAAGCAUAGUAUAUUAAGGGUAGAUUUUAGAUGAUAGGGGGAUUAUAAUAAAAUAGUAUUUGUAAAAUUAAUUUGCAUCCGAUCUUAUUUCAUUAUUUACAAUUUGCUCUAUUGACAAUAGAAAUUACGCCUAAGAGCAAGAAUUAAUCUUCAUAACUUUGGCAAUCAUCUUGAUCUACAUAAAUUAGAAAAGAAUAAUGAAUAUCUUGGACAAGAUACAAGAGUCCUUUGAUGUGCAGUAGGAUGCAUUGGAUUUGAUCAAGGUGUUAUUGAUUAUUGGAUACUUUGCACAUAUCAGUGCAUGCAUCUGGGCAAGGAUAUCGAUGAUUAGUGAGAAAUCUGGUUAUAUGUCUUGGAUGAAGUAUUACGAGGUUGACAACCAAUCUUCAUGGAUUCAAUACAAUUUUUCAUUCUAUUGGGCUACAAUGACAAUGGUAACUGUUGGGUAUGGGGAUAUCACUCCACAAAAUCAAUACGAGAUGUUGUGUGCUAUUCUAAUAAUGUUCAUCGCAAGUAUCAUAUUUGGAUAUUCUUUAAAUUCUAUUGGGAUAAUCUUGAAAAAUAUCAAUGAUAGACAAUAGAAAUUUAGAAAAUCGUAAUUGCUAAUAAAUUCUUAUAUGAACAAAAACUAAGUGAGUCUUCAAUUGCAGUGCAAAGUGAGGAACUAUUUGAAAUAUUACAUUGAAUAGGAUAGCGUUCAGAAUGACGAAGAAGUAGUGUAAUGUUUAAAUAUGAGGUUGAGGGAGGAAUUGCUAUAUGAUAUUUAAAAGAAACCGUUGAAGUCGAUGGACUUUUUCCUGAAGGAUUUGUCUCCGCAGGUCUAGAAACAAAUAGCGUAUUAGUUGCAAGCGUAACAUUUUGCUCCUUUGGAUGUAAUCUACAAUUAAAACAGCUUCGAUAAUAAUGCAUUGUAUUUAAUUGUUGAAGGGAGAGUGCAGUUGAUUGAUGAAAGAAAUAAUGAGGUUGUGCAUUAGUAUGAGAAAGGACAAUGCUUUGGUAAAUAUGAGUUUUUUACUGGUUCGAAUAGAGAAUUGUAGGCAAGAAGUGAGACGUUCUCGCAUGUGUAUAGUUUGAAAAGAGAUGAUAUGAUAAGGAUUUUGGAGGAUUCUACGGACGACAGGUAAAAGUUUGCAAACAUCAAAGAUUAAAUAAUAAUACUAAAUAACUUUUAGAUUAUCAAUUUGAAUUGCUAUUUUUGUAAUGAGUUUACUCACUCCUACAUCUAAUGUCCUUAUUUACAGUACAAGCCAGAUUUGGAGAGACUGAUAAAGAAGGAAGGUUUUUGUAAAUAGAGUCGAUCCCGAUUUCUGAGAUACAAAUUAAGAUCAGGAUCCGCCUUGAACCUAUUGAUAAUAAAGAAGGAAUAGCAUGAGAAGUUUCUUAAAGACAUAGGGGUUGAAUUCGAUUCCCAAUCCUCUUCAUCUAGUGACUAGAAGGAAUAAUCUCAAUAAUUAUCAAAUUAGCAGAGCAAUUCUAUAGAGAAGAAUUAAGCUAAGGAAGAGUUCCCAUCUGGCAAGAAAGAUUACUUACAGACCUUAAAUCUAGAGAACAAGUCUUUAAAUGUGAUGGCUGAGAGAUUUAUGAGGCAAAGAAGGAAUCAGAGACAGAACUCUCAUCAUACCCAUCAAAUGUAGACACAAGCCAUUAAGACUAUGCAAAUGGAUUAGGAGAUUGAAAACACAAACUUUUCAAAAAGAAAGCGAUCUUAAUCUAUAAAGGAUGUCACAACAAAGAACAAUAGAAGAAGGAACAGUCAGGAUUCAUAGAGUGGAGGAGGAACAACUAGUCAAAAUAAGAUUACUCUUUCGAUAAACAAUACAACGACUAAGUUAGUGAAUAGCAACAAUUUGAAUAGUAUCAAGUCGAUGAUUGAAUAGCAGUUAGAUUUUGUGAAGAUGACAGAGGAGUUAGAUCAAUAUAGAUUGCAGUUUUUGAAUUGUGAUAUGGAGAGGAGUUAGCAAUUCAAAUACUAUUUGCCUUAAAACAAUUUGAGUCAGAUUUUAUUGUAGUAUCAACUCCAGUAGAAAAAUAACAAGUUCAAGGGGAGAUCUGAAUCCAAUAGAUAUUCGAUAUUCUUCAAUGUGAAAAAGUAGACUCAAGCCAGUAGAUCUCAAAAGCAGGCUAGAGGAAGCCGAGCUUAUUCUCCUGGUUCGAAGAAAUUGAUUGGGAAAACAUAAAAAAAAUCAUUUAUAAUUAAUCCUUAGUAGCUUAUUGUUAGAGUAGCAUAGAAUGAAACUUAAUGA